AUGGUUGUCAAGAAAUCAUCGCUGCCCAACACUUUGUGGCACAGUGUGAAGGGAAGGUCAAAGGAAUUCCUAAGUACCACAUCGUUGCACGGAUUGAAAUAUGUUUGGGACAGUCGGUUGCACGGCUGGGUGCAAUUGUAUUUUGGCAAAGUGUUUCUAAUCGUGCUCUGUGUGGCCAUCAAUCUGGCAUUGAAUGUGUUCAACAAAUGGGAGAGUACGCCAGUUAUCAUCGGUAUUAGCUCAACGAUGACACCCAUACAGGAUAUACCCUUUCCAGCGAUAACUGUGUGCAGCAUGAACAAAGCAAUCAACUCAAAAGUGGCACACUUUCAACCUGGAACUUUGGAGUAUGCGAUGCUGCAGAAGACUUGCUCACAGGACUACAAUUAUACGCAGUACAGAUAUGUUAAGCCGCAUACUAAAAAGGAUACGUUUGCCAAUUUUAUUAUGAACGUUUCGCACAAAUGCGAUGAAAUGAUUGUCUCCUGCAUUUUCGAACAGAAAUCGUUUCCCUGUACCGAUCUCUUUCGGGAGUUUCUCGUUGAUGAGGGCAUCUGCUGUGUCUUCAAUAUUCUUCAUCCGUAUUAUCUGUACAAGCACAGUGCGACCACGAUACGGGAUUACACCUCGUCGAACGGACUCACGGAUAUUGCCAUCGAUUGGCACCCAAUCCGUGGUUAUCCAAAGCAAUUGCCAGCUGGUUUCUAUCCACGACGUGGCAUCGGUGUUGGUAUUGCAAAUGGCCUACAAAUCGUACUCAACGGCCAUGUAGAUGACUAUUACUGCUCAUCCACAAAUGGACAAGGAUUUAAGAUGCUCAUGUAUAACUCAAUCGAUCAGGCGCGUCUGAAGGAAUCGGGUCUACCGAUAAUGCUUGGACACGAAACUAACUAUAGGAUCGUGCCGAAUAGUUAUGAGGCCGUUGCAAAUAUACGUGGCAUCGAUCGCCAGCGGCGCCAAUGCAUAUUUAGCGAUGAGCAGGAACUACUCUUCUACAAAUACUACACUCGCCGAAAUUGUGAGGCCGAAUGCGAUGCCGAUCACUUUGUGAAACUCUGCAACUGCAUACCAUUUCAUCUGCCAUUGAUUUAUCGCAAUGCAACCGUGUGCCAUGUGUCUCACUUCGAUUGUGUGGAGCGAGCGGAAACGGAAAUUGUGGAUGGUGAGAGUACGGUGUGUAAGGAGCUCUGCCUGCCCAGCUGCCAUGAUAUCCAAUACUUUCCGAAUCCGUUUUCUAUACCCACCAUACCAUUCAAUCAGCGGGGCGUUAAGGUUCAAAACGAAUACUUUAAGAACUACUCCACAGAUUAUAUACGCACGAAUCUGGCCAUUGUCAAUUUCUAUCACGAUGACAAUUACUUUCGCAGCAAUAAACUGCACGAGGAUCGCUAA